AUGAAGUCCUUCAUCACCUCCUCCCUGGCAGCGGCCGCCUUGUACACGAGCGCCGUCGCCGAUCCCAUCCGGAACUGUCCCAAUGGCAACAGCGGCGUCUGCUUCCAGGUCGCUGUACCCGAAACGGCAGCAUCAGCCGGCACCGGCAACCUCUACUUCCAGAUCUCAGCGCCAGAGUCGUACGCCUGGAUCGGCCUCGGCACCGGCACGCGCAUGUCCAACUCGAACAUGUUUCUCAUGUACCAGGACGGCAGCGGCAACGUGACCAUCAGCCCGCGCCGGGCCUCGGGCCAAGUCAUGCCCCAGGUCACGACCAAUGGCGCUCAGCUCGAGCUCCUCGCCGGCUCGGGCGUCAGCAACGGCGUCAUGACCGCCAACGUCCGCUGCUCCAACUGCGCCUCGUGGAGUGGCGGCUCCAUGCCCCUCGGCUCGUCCAGCUCGAACUGGAUCGCCGCUUGGCGCCGCGGCUCCGCCAUCUCCUCGACCAACCUCAACGCGCCCAUUAGCCAGCACGAUUCCGAGACGUCCUUCGGCCUCGACCUGACACAGGCGACCGUUGCCGAAGACACGAACCCCUUUGCCGGCUCCGCAGCGCCAACCACCGGCGGCAACACGGGCAACAGCAACACCGGCGGCAACACGGGCGGCAUCACAGCGCCGGCGUCGUCGGGCCUCGCCGGACCCAACGUUCUCCUGGCGCACGGCGUCAUCAUGACCAUUGUCUUCGUCGCCAUGUACCCCAUCGGCUCCAUCCUCAUGCCCAUGCUCGGCAAGUGGCUCAUCCACGCCGGAUGGCAGAUUAUCGCCUUCAUGCUCAUGUGGGCGGGCUUCGGUCUCGGCGUCGUCUACGGCAACGACCACGGAUACCUUUUCAAGCAGACGCACACCAUCCUCGGCACCGUCGUCUGCGCGCUCCUGGUUGCCCAGCCCUUCCUUGGCUUGGUGCACCACAUGCACUACAAGAAGCACCAGAUGCGCGGCGCUGUCAGCCACUCGCACAUUUGGUUCGGCCGCAUCGUCCUGCUCCUCGGCAUCAUCAACGGCGGUCUCGGCAUGCAACUCGCCUCGUCCUCGACAACGUGGAUCGUCGCCUACUCGGUCGUCGCUGGCAUCAUGGCGGUGCUGUAUGUGCUCGCCAUCUGGCUCAAGUCGAGGCGGACGGGCGGUCGCAGGAAGGACGAUCUCAGCCUCGGCGGUUCGCCGGUGCGCGAGUCGCACGAGAUGAAGUAG